UCUGCACUGAAAACAGCCACACACUUAGAUCUGUUGGAUCUUUUACGUCUCUGUUCACUGUUUUGUCUUUCUUCUUUCUUUCCUUCUUUCUUUCUUUCUUUUUUCUUUUUUAAUAAAAGGAUCCGGGAUAUCUUUUGCGCGUGUUUAUUUUUUUAAGGUGAUAGAGUUAAAACAGUGGUUUAUUUCACUUUAAUGGAAACGCACGACGGGCUUGUGAUGAGUCGAUGUGGAUUAAUCCCAGUGCGUUUACAAAGAGCAUUUUCUUUGCGGGUUUGAUCAGAGAGAACUCAUCACUUUGCUGUAGAGUCGGGAUGGAUCCAGAGAGAAGCUCUCCACUAAUGCGCAUAAGGCAUAACGUUUAUUGUUGGUGAUUCAAGCUCAGAUUGUUUCAGUGUUACAUACAGGUCGCCUUUCUCGACCCUUAUUACUCAUCAUGUGGAGUUUUCAGCUUUGUUUCCACCUCGCACUUCUGUUAGCCGGGAUUAUUCUGCACAUCUGCACUCACACAGCCAGAGGUCUUAAUGUGUGUGUUAGUGGCAGUGCAACAUCGUGUGAAGAAUGUCUUCUGCUCCACCCGAGCUGCGCCUGGUGCGCUCAAGAGAAUUUUGGAAGGGGAAGGACAUUUAUGUCGCAAUGUGAUUUGAGCCAGAACCUGCUGAAAAAGGGCUGCAAGGAUCGUUAUAUUGAAAACCCAAGGAGUGUCAGUUCUAUCCUCAAGAACAAACCCUUGAGCUCCAAAGGCUUAAUUUCUACCGGGUAUGACGUCAUCCAGAUCCAGCCACAGAAGAUUUCACUCAGUCUAAGGCCGGGUCAUCAGACCUCUUUUGAGGUGCAGGUUCGCCCUGUUGAGGACUAUCCUGUUGAUCUGUACUACCUGAUGGACCUUUCGCUAUCCAUGAAGGAUGACCUGGAUACCAUUCGCAAUCUGGGAACAAAACUAGCUGAAGAGAUGAAGAAGCUCACUAGUAACUUCCGUCUUGCAUUUGGGACAUUUGUGGAUAAGAACUUGUCUCCUUUUUCAUACACUGCUCCCAAGUAUAAGGAGAACCCCUGCAACGGAUACAAGCCAUUCCCAAACUGUGUCCCUUCCUUUGGGUUCCGCAAUCACUUAUCUCUGACUGACAAAGUGGACCGUUUCAAUGAGGAGGUGCAGAAGCAGGUGGUGUCACGGAACAGGGACGCACCUGAGGGUGGAUUUGAUGCUAUUCUACAGGCUGCUGUCUGCAAGGAGAGAAUUGGUUGGAGGAAAGAGGCCUAUCACUUGCUGGUCUUUGCUACAGAUGACGUGCCUCACCUGGCUUUGGAUGGCAGACUGGCAGGCCUCGUUCAGCCUCAUGAUGGACAAUGCCACCUUAAUGAUGAAAAUGAGUACAGCGCUUCAACCAAGAUGGACUAUCCAUCAUUAGCUCUCCUUGGGGAGAAGCUGGCUGAAAACAACAUUUUCCUUAUUUUUGCGGUGACCAAAAGACAUUAUGUUCUUUACAAGAACUUCACUGCAUUGAUACCAGGAACUACAGUGGAGAUUCUUGACCAAAGCUCAAAAAAUAUAAUCCAGCUGAUUGUCAAUGCAUAUAAUAACAUCCGCUCUAAGGUGGAGCUGAGUGUAUGGGAUCAUCCUGAGGACCUCAGCCUGGCCUUCACUGCCACAUGCCAAGAUGGGAAGCCUCUUUCAGGCCUGAGCAAAUGUGCUGACUUAAAAAUUGGUGACACGGUUUCCUUUAACAUAAGCGUGGCUGCUCAUAGCUGUCCUCCUCCAGGCACCACCAAAAGUUUCACCAUUAAACCAGUGGGAUUUAAAGAUAGCCUGGAAGUCUCUGUGGAUUAUCAGUGUGAUUGCUCCUGCACACGCUUCUCUCAGACCAACAGCAACCACUGCAGUAAUGCAGGUAUCUACACGUGCGGUACAUGCCACUGUGACCCAGGUUAUCAUGGCACCAACUGUGAGUGCUCGGAAGAUGAAGUAGGCAGCCUGAACCUGGCUGCCUGUCGUGAAGCUAAAGGCAAACAGGUGUGCAGUGGGCGUGGGGAAUGCAGCUGUAACUACUGCCGGUGCUAUGAGUCCGAGUUUGGCAAAAUCUACGGCAUGUUCUGCGAGUGUGAUGACUUUUCCUGCGCUCGCCACAAGGGCAUCCUGUGUUCAGGUCAUGGUGAUUGUCACUGUGGGGAGUGUAAGUGCCAUGCUGGCUACAUUGGAGACAACUGUAACUGCUCAAUAGAAACAACUGGAUGUUUGUCAGAAGAUGGCAGGAUGUGUAGCGGACGGGGCAGCUGUGUAUGUGGCCGCUGCCAGUGCACAGAGCCAGGGGCAUUUGGGGACUUGUGUGAGAAAUGCCCCACUUGUGGUGAUGCCUGUGCUGCAAAGAGAGACUGUAUCGAGUGCACCCUCUUCAACACAGGGAAAUUUGCAGACAACCACACCUGCCAGCGCAUGUGCAAGGAUAAGAUCAUUGUCACAGAGACUCUCGAUACAGAGGACCCAGGCACUGUACUGUGUUUGUAUAAGACAGAGAACGAAUGUGUGAUGAAGUUCACCUACUCUGAACAUACCAGUGGCCAGUCAAUCCUCACUGCUCUGCAUGAGCCAGUGUGUGCUGCUUCCCCUGAUGCUAUGACGGUGCUGCUUGCGGUUGUGGGCAGUAUCCUGCUGGUGGGUAUUGUGCUGUUGGCCAUGUGGAAGUUAGUCAUCACCAUCCAUGACCGCCGCGAGUUUGCUCGCUUCCAAAGCGCACGAUCGCGGGCACGCUAUGAGAUGGCCUCAAAUCCCCUCUACAAACACCCAAUAUCCACUCACUCAGUGGAGACGGCAUUCCAGAUGUACAGCAAGUCAUAUAAUGGAGGAAUUCACUGAUCUCUGGCCUGCUGUUUGGGGUGGGGACACGGCAGGACCGGUCCGGUUGACAGUUUACAGUUUAUGUGAUGGGCAACAGAGAUUGCCCCUUUAUAAAAGACUUUAUAACAACAAUAUGCCAUCAGAGUCUGCUCUUCUAUUUUGUGAUCCUUUUCAUGAGAUCUAAUAACUGAACUACAGCUGUACAGCAAGAUGGACUGCUUUUGCUCAUUAGUUUUCUCUGAUAGAAGACGUACAUGGAUCUUUUAUUAAAAGAUGAAUGGACUUUGAAUUGAAUGGACUACUUGAGUGAAAUUGCCAAUUCUGCAGCUCUAACCACAAUUCCUCUUUGUUGAGGAUGCCUUGUGCAUUACAUUUUGCAGAGAAAUGACAUUUUGAUGCCUUAAAUAGUAUAACUGUAUAGACAAGCAUCCUGUAUUUUAACCAUGUUUGGUACUAACAGAGUAAUAACUGUCUUACAUUUAGUUUUGCACAUUGUAUGGGUUUAUAAAAUGGCAAAAAAAUUAAAAAUACCACACUCUC